GUCCCAACUUCAAACUUGAAACCCCCGAGCUUCCGCGGAGAUCCAACUCCAUCUCCUCCGUCUUCCCAAUUCUCUCUCUCUCUCUCUCUCUCUCUCGCCGACGAGACGAAGACGACAACAAUGGCGUCGCCUCUCUCCCUCGCCCCGCUCGAGGAGCCUCCGGAGGACGCGCUCUCCUCGUCCUCCAUCCACUUCGGCACCCCCGAGGCCCUCGCCCACGUCCGGACCCUCACCGACGUCGGGGCCAUGACCCGCCUCCUCCACGAGUGCAUCGCCUACCAGCGGGCCCUCGACCUCGACCUCGACUCCCUCCUCUCCCGCCGCGCCGACCUCGACCGCCACCUCCUCCACCUCCAGAAGUCCUCCCAAGUCCUCGACAUCGUCAGGUCCGACUCCGACCACAUGCUCUCCAACGUCCGCUCCACCUCCCUCCUCGCCGACCAGGUCAGCGGCAAGGUCCGCGAGCUCGAUCUCGCCCAGUCCCGCGUCAACUCCACGCUCCUCCACCUUGACGCCAUCGUGGAGAGGAACGAGUGCAUCGAGGGGGCGAGGAAGGCGCUGGACCACGAGGACUACGAGUCCGCCGCCAAGUGCGUCGAGAGGUUCCUCCAGAUCGAUGCCAAGUAUGGGCGGGAUCCGCGCGGGUGGGACCAGAUGAUGGCCUCCAAGAAGCAGCUCGAGGGGAUCGUGAGGAAGCGGCUGGCUGCCGCGGUGGAUCAGCGGGAUCACGCCACGGUUCUACGCUUCAUUCGGCUCUAUUGCCCGCUGGGGUUGGAGGACGAAGGGCUUCAGGCGUACGUUGGCUAUUUGAAGAAGGUGAUUGGGAUGCGAUCAAGGAUCGAGUUCGAGCAAUUGGUGGAAUUGACGCACGAUCAGCACAACAAUCAGGUUAACUUUGUCGGGUGUUUGACCAAUUUGUUUAAGGAUAUUGUAUUGGCAAUCGAGGAGAACAAUGAGGUUUUGAAGAGUCUUUGCGGAGAGGAUGGUAUUGUGUACGCUAUCUGCGAGCUCCAAGAGGAGUGUGAUUCGCGGGGUUUGCUGGUUUUGAAGAAGUAUAUGGAAUAUAGGAAAUUGGGGAAGAUAUCUUCUGAGAUCAAUGCACAAAACAUGAACUUGCUUGCUGUUGGAGCUCCGCAAGGGCCGGAUCCCAGAGAGAUUGAGUUGUAUUUGGAGGAGAUAUUGUCCCUUAUGCAAUUGGGCGAGGAUUACACUGAAUUCAUGCUUUCGAAGAUCAAGGGGUUGACUUCAGUUGAUCCCGACUUGCUGCCACGGGCAACAAAGGCAUUUAGGAGUGGGAGCUUUAGUAAAGUCGUUCAAGAAAUCACCGGGUAUUAUGUCAUUCUAGAGGGCUUCUUCAUGGUAGAGAAUGUGAGGAAGGCUAUCAGCAUAGAUGAGCAUGUUCCUGAUAGCCUUACCUCUUCUAUGGUCGACGAUGUGUUCUAUGUUCUUCAGAGCUGCUUGAGAAGAGCCAUUUCAACUUCGAAUAUCAGCUCUGUUGUGGCAGUUUUGAGCGGGGCCUCUAGUUUGUUGAGCAAUGAGUACCAUGAAGCUUUGCAAUUGAGGAUGAGAGAGCCCAACCUUGGUGCUAAGCUUUUCCUGGGUGGUGUUGGCGUGCAGAAAACUGGUACCGAAAUAGCAACGGCCUUGAAUAAUAUGGAUGUAAGCGGCGAAUACGUUGUCAAGCUUAAGCAUGAGGUUGAAGAGCAAUGUGCACAGGUAUUUCCUGCUCCUGCUGAUAGAGAAAGAGUGAAAUCUUGUUUAUCUGAGCUUGGUGAGAUGAGCACCACUUUCAAGCAAGCUCUGAAUGGUGGGAUGGAGCAACUGGUAGCUACUGUGACACCGCGGAUCCGUCCAGUGCUAGAUAGUGUGGCGACUAUCAGUUACGAGUUGUCGGAGGCUGAAUAUGCCGACAAUGAGAUAAAUGAUCCCUGGGUGCAGAGGUUGCUCCAUGCCGUAGAGACCAACGUGGCAUGGCUCCAGCCAUUGAUGACUGCCAACAACUAUGACUCAUUCGUGCAUUUGGUUAUUGACUUCAUUGUGAAGAGACUUGAAGUGAUCAUGAUGCAGAAGAGAUUCAGUCAGCUUGGAGGUCUUCAGCUCGACAGAGAUGCAAGGGCACUUGUAAGUCAUUUCUCUAGCAUGACCCAAAGAACCGUCAGGGAUAAGUUUGCGCGUCUGACUCAGAUGGCUACGAUCCUUAAUCUGGAGAAGGUUUCAGAGAUUCUAGAUUUCUGGGGUGAGAAUUCGGGACCAAUGACUUGGAGGUUAACUCCAGCUGAGGUGAGGCGAGUAUUGGGGUUGAGGGUGGACUUCAAACCGGAGGCAAUAGCUGCUCUGAAGUUGUAA